GGACUCAGAACGUUCUACUUUGAUUCUGGUUCAACGUCCUGUAGUUCUGGUUCAAACUACUCUUGAAACUGGUACUACUAGCAGUAAAACAAGUGGUGUUAGAAUCAGCUUCGAGAGCCACUACUAAGUACUAAGGACUAGAGCUGGCAAUUGCUUACAUGGCAUAUUCGAGGCUUGACCACAACCUUGUCACUUUCCUGUUCCAGCAUGCCCAUCUGUAUCACUUGCACACACACCAUAUCCUACCUCUACACAGUUUACGAGUCUGCAUACAACCUGAGACUUGAACAAUGCAGCAAAUGCAUGAAAUUCGCAGAUCCAUAUGUCGAGCACGACUCGUUGACACUCCUCUUGGACCUCAUUCUGCUGAAGCGAGAAGUGUACAGGCAUUUGAUAUAUAAUAGAGGGACGGAGCCGCGAAAGGCGCUCGGGAAGAGCAAGAGUAGCCUCGAGGGAAAUGAGGAGGAUGAGCACAGGCUGGCUACUAGCAAGAACCGACAAAGGGAGAAAGACAGGUGGUGGCUCAUUUUGAAGCUUGCCUGCGGGCUUAUCACCGUCGACGCAUUUAUCCGGUGGGCACAGCUUAAUCCUCAGAUAUCCGCAGACGUGUCACGGUGGACGGUUGAAACCAACAUCGUGUUCCUCCGAAUCCUCGUGGGAUGCCUAAUAGAAACGGUUGCAUUCCACGGAGGAGUAGUGUUUGCAUCGUAUUUUGUACUCGCGCUCUCAGAUUGUCUUCGUUCGAGGAGACGUACCUCGCAUAUAGAAAUACCAGGUGUUCGACAACAGUUCAAAUUUUCGCUCAUCCCUCUGACAAUUUUCUACUCCUCACUCACAAAGCUUUUCCUUCUCUUCUUGCUUACAAUAUGGCGCCCUUCUGCAUCCAAACCUGGAGGUUCUCCAUACCAUUGGGACUCCUCAUACUACAGCAGCACCCUUGUAACACGUGCCCUCGAGAUUUGGGAUGAGGACAAACUAGAUCGUGAGUGGGUCGUCAGGAAUGUUUUGGGUGGAAUGGCGACCGGAUUUGGACUUCGAGUCGUGCUCGACUGCCAUCCUGUCUUUACAACAGUGGUGAUUCUGAUCGGGUGGUUAGCGAAAACAGUUGUUGCGGGGUUGCUCAAAAAUUGGGUGGGCGGAGACGAGCAUACUGGGGACGAAUGGAUGGCGUAUAGCAUCCCAUAGUAGACUUUGAUUUGGAUCGUCGUCUAGACUCCUAGGCUCGGAGUCUAGUUUAUUAGCCGAUGUGGGACCCCUGACACCAUCGGAGUACAUACAAUCCAAUACCUACAUACCCUUCAAGACUCU